AUGGUAAGUGAAACCACUGAGCAAAUAAAGAGAAUCCGAAGUCGAAUGCUUGAAGCUCAAAGCCAUCAUAAGAACUAUGCUGACCGAAGACGGAAGCCUUUAGAAUUUGGGGAAGGAGAACACGUUUUCUUGAAGAGAAUUGGACCAGUGGCGUAUAGGAUUACGUUACCACCACAUCUUUCGAAUCUGCAUGAUGUAUUCCACGUAUCACAGCUUCGUAAAUACACUUUUGAUCCUAGUCAUGUCCUAGAGCCGGAAUCAGUCCAAGUGAGAGAAGAUCUGACGCUUCCAAUAACUCCGGUUAGGAUUGAUGCAUGA